CGCCGGCUGGUGAUGAGGGGAAAGGGCUCCUCCUCCCUUUCAUGCCGCUGUGCCCGGCUCAUUUUGUAGCGGCGCAGGCACCAUCAGCAGACCUACAGUAACCGGAUCCCUAAAUCUGGACCACCAUAUAUUUAUUUUCAGCCGGAACUACGUUACUGGACUCAUAUUUCACCCGGACUAAUCUGGCAGCGCGCAGCGUCUCUUAGUUACACAGAUGAGGGAAAGGGCGGAAGUGGCUUCUGAAUGACAGCUUGCGGGGAGUGUGACCUCUCCAUGCCGGCAAUUAGCCGCUGGGGAAGACAGAGGAGGAGGAUGAUGCUGCGACACAUGAAGUAGCCGCCUGCAGGAGAGGGGGGACGCUCGGCGCUGGCAGCUCAGUCACCAUGGCGAUAAAGAUCUUCUUUCCUACCAGCUGCUCAGCGGCAGAGAAUGGGCUGCUUAUUGGCCGCUGGUUGGGGGAACACGGGUCCGCUGUAGUACUGGCCACACUGCACUUUCCCUUCAUCCCGGCCCAUGUGAAGAAAUAUCUCAGCCAGCUAGAGCAGGUGACGGGGCUCAGCCUCUCUGUUCUAGGAACCUGGAGCCACAGCAAGGCCGAGAAAGAUGAGAAGAUGGAGAACUUCCUGGGAGACCUAAGUGGCAUUUUCAACCACCAGCCCUGGCUGCGCAUGUCCAGGGAGGCCGCCAGCAAGUUCUGGGAUUGUAGGGUGGAAAAGGUGGAGGACGAAGCCUCGGAGGACUUGGUCUUGGUUUACUAUGAUCAGAGGAAAGUAAUGCUCUCAGAACUACAUUCUGCAUCUGAACAUUCGGAGAUAGCUGCUAUGUUUAACUCAGUGGCCAAAAAUCAGAUUCUCUAUGCCACGGACAAAUAUGAUGAGGGGCCAUUGAAGCUAACACACUGGCAGUCUGAAGGGGUGGAGGCCAGUAUUAUUGUAGAGCUGACCAAGCAGGCAUCUGUGCCAGUGUGUGCCGUCAUUUCCUUCUUCGUCUCCCUGAUCACCAGCGUUUGUAACCUCAGGGUCCUGAGCGGGCUACCUCUCUCCUUCCUAUGGAAUAAGCUGUCCACCUGUGAGCAGUUGGGGAAACGCCUGGAGAACCUGCGCUUGAUAAGCAGUUCUGAGAAAGCUCGUGACCACACAACCUUCAUGAGAAAGGCCAACACUGUCAUGUCGCUGCUUCUAGACAUGGUGCUAGGAAUCCUGCUGAUGUCCUGGCUAUAUCGUGGAAACCACAUAGGUCAGCUGGCUGAUGCGCUCGUUCCCGUGGCCGAUCAUGUGGCUUUGGAACUCCAGGAAUUGCUGCAGUGGCUGAUGGGCGCCCCGGCCGGGCUGAAGAUGAACCGGGCUUUGGAUGAAGUCUUAGGGCGCUUCUUUAUGUACCAUAUCCACCUGUGGAUCAGUUACAUCCGCCUGAUGUCUCCGUUCAUUGAAGUUAUCCUGUGGUACAUUGGCUUGUCUGCCUGUCUGGGGCUGUCCGUGGCUCUGUCCAUCCUGUCUGAUAUCAUUGCUCUCCUCACCUUCCACAUAUAUUGCUUCUAUGUAUACGGGGCCAGAUUAUACUGCUUGAAGAUGCAUGGGUUGUCAUCCCUCUGGCGUCUGUUUCGGGGUAAAAAGUGGAAUGUCCUGCGCCAGCGAGUCGACUCUUGCUCUUAUGACUUGGAUCAGCUAUUUCUGGGGACCCUGCUGUUCACAAUCCUUCUCUUUCUGCUGCCGACCACCGCUCUCUAUUAUUUGGUCUUCACCCUGCUCCGCCUGCUUGUUGUGGUGGCGCAGGGCGUGAUCCAGAUGACCAUAAAUUUGCUGAGCUCGCUCCCAUUCUACGCCCUGUUACUGCGCCUGUGCCGCUCUUACCGAUUGGCAGCCGGAGUGAAAUUCCGGAUACUAGAGCAAAAAAGUGGGACGGCUCUGAGAUUGCUGAUGCAGAUCAACCCAUUACCAUACGGACAAGUGCUGGAAACCUACAGGCUGCCAUAUAGCAGGUGCUACCCAAAAGACUCCUGGGGCUCCCUGUGUAAGAAGCUCUUUGUUGGGGAGGUGAUCUACCCCUGGAAGCAGAAGGAAGAUAAACAGGACUGAGUGGGUGUUGUGUCGGUGUUUGUACUCCCACUUGGCUAUUGCAGGACACUGCCAUUGCCGACACCUGGCUAGCUAAGGGGUGUGACCUUCCCAGUGUUACACAGAGUUACUUUCCUGACCUGAGAUCACACUUAUUACCCUUAAGUGAAAGUAACAUUCCUCUUGCUCAUAAAUACAUUAUUUUCACAUUAAUUGGCAAAAGAACAGGUAAAUGUACUGAUAACCAAUCACAGAUCUUGAUAGAUGAGGACAUAGUUUUUAUGGUCUCUAAAUCAGACAUUGCAGACAGAAAUACUUAUAAAAGUGAAGGGAAUUAUUUCUCUGUUUAAAUGAUUCAGUUGAAGGUCUUUUUAUUUUUGCCAAUUAAAAUGUUAGAAAAUGACAGUGACUAUGCCAGUGAGUAUAUCAACAAUUACCACUAGGGGGCAGAGUCUGCAACUAAUGAUGCCAAAUAGUAACCCUUAAAGAUAUUCAUACCCUGUGUAUGUAUAGAGGGGGCUUUAUGGCUCUCUAUAUCCCUGCCUUUUUGGGAGUUUCUCAUGCAUUAAGAAAUGACAGCCGUUGCCAAUAAAGAAUUUCUGAUUGCUUCACCCAUAAGCAAUAUAAAGCAUAGAAACAUAGAAUCUGACAGCAGAAAAGAUCCACUUGAGCCAUCUAGACUUAAUGUUUAACACUACCCAUCUAGUCCCGCUCAUCGUCAUUGCACUGUGGACAAUCACAUCUUAAAAGAUACAUUUUGCAAUAUGAGGCUUUUUGCAUAAUCUUGCCCAAAAUUACGGGGAAUUGAUAACUGGUGAUAUUAUGGACCUCUGCUCGCUUGUGAGUUACAUCCUCAUGGUACAUGUGUUCCAGCACCCGACAUGAGUUCUGCGUCAGUUUAUGGUCACUACCAACUGGCUGUGUGAUUGGAUUAUUGCCAGCUAUGAUCCAGAGCAAGUCUGCGCAACCUCUGGAUCAGGGCUGUUCCGGGGUCCUAGAAUUUGAUUUUGUUGUCUCCCAAUCAUCUGAUAUGGAAAAUAUGCUACAGGGGGCUCAGAACAAAAUUUUACUGACAUUGGGACAUCAGCUUAACAUUGUGCACCACUGAUGUAUGUAACCUAUGGGUACUGCACCCCGGUAUUUUGUGGGGUCCCCCGACUGUCAGAUACACAGUGUGUUGGAGUCCCAGAAAAAUGACAUAUUUGCGGCUAAAGAAAAUGUUUGAGUCUUUUUGAUCUAUAUAUUUGUAUACCUCAUUCACUGUCAGACUACAGAGCCAGAAAAGGGCCCUUAUACAAAUUAGAUGGCAUACUUUCAGUGUAAGCAGGUUGUGUGUAUUUUGUGUUCCUCCUCCUAACUGAGCAGUGGUGUAAUGUACACACCCUGAUUUACCUGUUUGGGCCUAGGGGCCAUUUAAAACUGGAUUGUUACGGCGUCUGAUCCCAUAGAUUACUUAUUCUGACUGUGCAGAUCCGACAACAUGUUCCCAGAUUAGAGACCACUGUUAGUUUAUGAGCAGUGUAUGUGAUUAUUCUGCGACAUAGCGUCUUGUCUGAUUUAAUAAUUGCACUAAUGUUUCCCCAAUGCAGUGGUCUGUAAUUGUGUAUUUAUAUCUUUAAAUAAUUUUACCUUUCAAUGAACUUAGAUUCAUAUUUUUAAUCAAUGGAGAUGUUUUGUGAAAUAUCUUUUUGUAUACCUUUUUUAAUUGUGUUAAUUCUUAAAAAAAAUAAAAAUCAACAAAAAAAAUAAAAAUAUAGUUUCACAAUCUA